GAAGAGUCGCUGAAGACGGCUGAACUCCACCCACACCUCGUCAGGUGUCACUUCCAGUGAAGUUUCAACUACCAGACGGUGGAAGACGAUUCUCACAGCCGAACCUAACUGGGUUUUCUGCCCAGUUUCCUGGACCCAGCGCGUCCGAGCCGCUGAGAAAAGUUUCUGGAGUUGUCUGCGUCUGUGGGAGGUGUAGGGAGGAGGAGGGAAAGAUCUGGGAGCUCCACGGCGGAUCGGAGCUCGGCUCGCUUUGGGUUCGGGGCUCUGAGCUCUGAGCUCCGGGAUGGCGGCCGUGAAGGCUCUGCAGCAGUGGUGCCGGAUCCAGUGUGAGGGCUACCGGGAUGUUUCCGUCACGAACAUGACCACGUCCUUCAGGGACGGCUUGGCUUUCUGCGCCCUCAUCCACAAACACAGACCCGACCUGAUUGAUUUCAAUUCUCUGAAGAAGGAAGAUGUCUAUGAAAACAACAAACUGGCCUUCAAGGUUGCAGAAGAAGAACUGGGAAUUCCGGCGUUGUUGGACGCAGAAGACAUGGUGGCUCUAAGGGUUCCCGACCGACUCAGUAUUCUGACGUAUGUCUCUCAGUACUACAACUACUUCCACGGACGCUCUCCCAUUGGGGGUAUGGGAGGGAUAAAGCGUCCAGCGGAGCCCGUCACCGACGAACCACCUGGAAAGAAGAACCAACCCGUCACAUCUAAGGUGUUCGGCACUUCUAAACCCACCAGAGAAAACAGUCCUCCUCGUUCUUCCAACAUCACAAGACCCUCUUCUUCACCGAAAUCCGUCAGAAAUUCAACACAGGAUGUUGGGAAAUCCAAUCAGACCGGCACCUUGAGCAACAAAUGUACGUCAUGCAACCAACAUGUACACUUGGUGCAGCGACAUCUAGUGGACGGGAAGCUGUAUCACAGGAACUGUGCAAAGUUGCUACCAUCAAACACAAGUUCGCCUCUUCGGGAUUUAACAGCAAACAGUUAUAUUUCCAAGUUUAGUCCUCAACCAGAGCCCAGUAAGGCUAACACAGUAACUCCGGCUCCCACGCCGUCGACAGUGGGAUCAUCGUGGUUAACAAAGACAUCUGACACCCCUUCAAAUGGCCCCGCUGGAUUAUCUACUUUAUCGGGUUCCUCUGCUGCGAAGGACACCUCAACAGCAUUUGGGUCCAAACCAACAGCAUCCCGUGACACAACCUUUACCACGAAGGGCUCCAACGCAUUUGCAGCUUCGCCGUCUUCACGGCCCACGUCAGGCUCUGCUCCUGCUGCUAAGGAAAGUUCAACAGCUUUUGUGUCUAAACCUGCAGCUUCAUGUGAGACRCCAUCAACUGCAAAAGGUUCUAGUGCAUUUUCUACUUCACUUUUUUCAAAGCCGUCAUCAGGCCUUAGUUCUGCUGCUAAAGAAAGUCCAACAAUUGUUCUGACUAAACCCACAGCUUCACAGGAGAGUACCUUUACAACAAAAGGCUCCAAAGCAUUUUCUUCUUCAGACACUACCUUUGCAGCAAAAGGUUCUAGUGCAUUUUCUACUUCACCUUCAAAGCCGUCAUCAGGACUCAGUUCUGCUGCUAAAGAAAGUCCAAGAGUGUUUGUGUCUAAACCUGCAGCUUCACAUGACACCAAGUUAGGCACAAAAGAUGCCAAAGCAUUUUCUACUUCACCUUCAUCAAAACCAUCAUCAGGACUUAGUUCUGCUGCUAAAGAAAGUCCAACAGCAUUUUUGACCAAACCUAUAGCUUCACAAGAGACUAACUUUACAACAAAAGGUUCUAGUGCAUUUUCUACUUCACCUUCUUCAAAGCCUUCGUCGGGACUUAGUUCUGCUGCUAAAGAAAGUCCAACAGCAUUUGUGUAUAAACCUGCAGCUUCACAUGACACCAAGUUAGGCACAAAAGACACCAAAGCAUUUUCUACUUCGCCUUUUUCGAAACCUUCAUCRAGCCUUAGUUCUGCUGCUAAAGAAAGUCCUGCAGCUUCUCUGACCAAACCCACAGCUUCACAAGAGACUAACUUUACAACRAAAGGUUCUAGUGCAUUUCCUACUUCACCUUCUUCAAAGCUGUCGUCAGGUUUUAGUUCUGCUGCUAAAGAAAGUCCAGCAGCUUCUCUGACCAAACCCACAGCGUCACGUGAUACUACGUUUAGCCCAAAAGGGACCAAAGCAUUUUCUGCUUCACCUUCUAAACCUUCAUCAAGCCUUAGUUCUGCUUCUAAAGAAAGUCCAGCAGCUUUUCUGUCCAAACCUGCAGCUUCCCGUGACAAUAAGUCUACCACAAAAGGCUCCAAUGCAGUCUCUACAUCACCAUUUUUGCAGCCUGCAUCACCCCCGAGCCCUGCUGAGCAGAAAAGUCCGACAGGUUUUCUGUCCAAACCCACAUCUUCACACGACACUACCUUUAGCACAACCAUCACCAUCAGCCCUGCUCCAACGGCUGCUCCUUCUACCUCCGUCACUGCGGCCAAGACGCAAGAGGCCAAGCUAAAGUUUCUUCAACAUACAUCUAAUCWCGAAGAGAAAAAGACGCCGACCUUCAACACUGAUGUACAUAAAGGUCCGUCCGUGACUGGUAAGAAGCAGGAAGUCCUCCCAGGUCAGCUUGUAACGGUGGUUAUCAAUGUUAACGAUGUGGAUAAGGGUGGAGUCGCAGCUAAAACGACUGCUGUGGCUGGCAGGGUGAAGACAAAACAGGAAAACUCUGACAGUAAUGAGACAAAAGCCUCAGCAGCAGCUUUUAUCUCCAAAAACCUGUUUGAGGAGACCAACAAUAACAACAAUAAGCCAGCAUGGACAACUGUAGCUCUCAAGAAAACGGAUAAUAAAUCUCCGGCUCAAGCUGAGACGCCUAAGAAGGAGAGAGGCAGGGUGAGGCUGAAGGCAGACCCAUCCAUCCUCUCUGACCUGCAGCUUCCGGAGCCCCGGAAGCCUUCUCCCAGUCCGAUUGGCCGGAGAGGACUGGCAGACAGGACUCAAGACAAAGGAAGGUUAAACGUGGACAAAACCUCAGCCAACACAUCAGAAAAUGAGUCUCCUGCAGACUGGAGGUUGAUGCUCAAACCUGUCUCCAAAGACACCAAACCUCAGGCUUCUUCACAGACCUCUCCUAAACCGUCGGCUAACGGAGCCACAAACACGCCAAAGGUUUCCACCAGGCCUUCCUCCAGCUCCAGGAUUACUCCGACUUCUCCAGCAUCACUGGAAUCUCAAAAAGAGCCAAAGAGAAAUGGCGCCAAGGCAGAGUCGACGAUCCUGAAGACAAAACCAGACUUCAUCCCCACAGAGGAAAUCAUAAGAGAGCUUCGGGAAAUUGAAAACAAUCUGAACGAACUGGAAAAGACGGGAAUCGAGCUGGAAAUGAAGCUGCGCAGGAGCGAGGAAGAGGGUGAAGAUGACUCUGUCAUGGAUGAGCUUAUGGUCGAAUGGUUCAGCUUGAUCAGAAACAAGCAGUUGGCCAUGCGUCGUGAGUCUGAGCUGGUAUACAUUGGGAAAACUCAGGAACUGGAGGAAGAGCAACCCAGUGUUGAGGAGGCGCUCAGGAGACUGAUGGAGAAACCAGAGCAUCUGAAGACCACCUGGGACAAACAGAAAGAAGAGGAGCUGAUGGGGAAACUGUUGGAGAUUGUUAAUGACAGGAACGCCAUUGUGGAGGGUCUGGACGAGGACCGACUCAGGGAGGAAGAGGAGGAUGAGCAGCUAAACCAGCUGAUGAAGAGUUUCAACCUCAAAAAAGACAAAAACAAGAAAAAGCCCACCAAGUUCAAACUGUUCAGCUGGGGAAACAAGAAGGACGAGUGAAGCUCGGAGAAACAAACGGCCGUCUGUGAUGCUGCUGCUGCUGCUGCGGCUGCUGCUGCUUACUGUCAGCGUUCUCAUCCUCUGAGUCAUCCAAUGACAGGGG